AUGGAUUAUUUAUCUUUAGAGGAGAAAGUUGAAAUAAUUUUGAUUUAUGGUGAGUCUGGAAGAAAUAUCGACGAAGCUGUUACCCUCUAUGCUGACCGUUUCCCUGAUAGGCCACGAUCACGUGCUACUUUUUUUCGAUUGGUUAAACAAUUUACUACCGAAGGAAAUGUAACAGCUAAAAAAAAAACCCGUAGAGCGACUGCCACGGGGGAGAACAAUGAAAUUGCUGUGCUAGCUGCAGUAGCCCAUGACCCCCAUCUCAGUAUUCGAGAGAUAUCUCGUAAUUCAGGAAUUUCUCGUACUAGUGUUUCGAAAAUUCUGAAGCAUCACAAAUUCCAUCCCUAUCAUAUCUCAAUGCAUCAGGAACUUCAUGGCGAUGAUUUUAAUAAUCGAGUGGUGUUUUGCAAUUGGGCACUCACACAAAUACAAAGAGACCCACAAUUCUUUUAUCGAGUAAUGUUCUCCGACGAAUCAACUUUCACGAACCAUGGCAAUGUUAAUCGUCACAACAUGCAUUACUGGAGUGUGGAAAACCCACACUGGUUACGUGAAGUUGAGCAUCAGCGUCCUUGGUCUGUUAACGUUUGGUGCGGAAUCAUAGGUGACAAACUAAUCGGUCCCGUAUUUAUUGAAGGUACAUUGAACGGAGAAAAAUACCGUAACUUAUUGCAAGAGGAACUACCGAUUCUGUUGGAAGAUGUACCUUUCGCAGUGCGACAGAACAUGUCGUUCCAGCAUGAUGGUUGUCCAGCACAUUAUUCAUUAAUAGUACGAGAAGUGUUAAAUCGUAAUUACAAUGAUUGCUGGAUCGGUAGAGGUGGUCCGGUAAAUUGGCCUGCCAGAUCGCCAGACCUGACGUCACCAGAUUUCUUUUUGUGGGGUUACCUUAAAGAAAAAGUGUAUACAGAAGUACCAAAUACUCGAGAAAACGUGAUGGAACGUAUUAGAUAUGCUUGCGCACAAAUAACGCCAGAUACACUUUCUACAUGUGUACAAGCAUUCCAAGGUCGAGUUAAUAAAUGCAUCGAAAUGGAAGGUCAUCAUUUCGAGCAUUUAUUGUAA